GGACAAAUGCGCAUAUCUCACUUGUGAGAAUAGUAGCUCAUGAUCUGGAUUUUCAGCACCCACACGCCAGAACUGAUUAUCGACCUUCACGCGAGGCUUGGGCUGGCGCUGCAGCAAGCAUCCGCGCCGUUGCCGUUUGAGGGUAGCGCUUUCACAUGACCAUGCGGCCCGAGAGGCAAAGGCUGGUUUCGGCGCUGGUAAGCUCCUUUCAUGAUGAGAGUGAAAGCAGCGGUAGCGGCGAGACGCUCGCCGACAAGGAACGUUUGGCAUCUCGCAUCCUUGCACAGCAAACCAGGGAGCCUGCUCUGCGCCCAGAAGAGCUGAAGACCCACUUUGACGACCUCGCAUUGAAGCACAAAGUAUCACUUCGGAGCGAGCUCGCCGAGGCCAUCACGUCAGUCUACAAGACAACCGUGUCGGUCGUCUCCGAGUCCGACAAGAUCUAUCAAUCGGCCCUGGAGCUACAUGAAUUGCAACGACACGAAGUGCAAUAUUUGAACAAAGAUGGUGCACCGAAGGGGAAAAGCCUCGCCCCUCCAGCUGAACCGCUGCUUCGAAACAGAUCGCUGCCUGAGAUGCUGAAGCUCCUGCUCGAGCUGUCUCACCAACCAACACUUUCAACCCAAGCUCAUGCGGCAAUCAUUCUAAAUUGUUCAUCUGACAGUAAAAGCGGAUCGAUGUACCUGACUCCCGAGCAGAAACAGAUCCAAGACUGCAAGGUGUGGCAGCAAAUCUUGAAAGAGGAUCCUUUAGUUGGAGAAGGCUGGGAUGAGGACGAAAACGAUUCCUUCGACAGUGAUGAUUGGAGUGAAGAUGAGUCCGUGUCGGAGAAGGGAAGCAACCGACGGGAGCCAUCAAGGCGCGGAACAUCUUCGCUGAAGGAGCCGAAGCAUCGAGGGGACUACGAGACGGACGCAGGUCUGAGUGCAAAUUUGUGGAAGGAAAACUAUGAAAAGCAGCAGCAAUAUCUGCAAACUUUUCGAGAGGAAACUGAUCAAGCUGUUGCAAAAUGGCAUUACGAGGCGCCUCCCUACGCCGACCCGCGUCAGCUGUCCGUCUCUUCGUGGGACGAAAAGAAGCUAGCCACUGCGGAUGCCAUUCGCGAGCUUUUGACCCGACUCUGCUCAAGCUCGCUCAGCACAGACACGUCAUUUCUCUCCAUCAACCACAUUUCUGCCGGAGCUGCGAAGGCGCCGUGGCGACGGGCCGUGGCUCUGCACCAGCAUGUUCGCGUCGUAGCGGAUACCGCCGUGUACCUGGCAGCCACUCCUUCCAUGCUCCUUCAGUCAUUCGGAGAAGCUCUUUCGAUCACCCUCGAGGAAUGGAACGCAUGGCUGGCAUCGGAAGAUUCCCGCCUUGCACAAUAUGCGGCGCAGCGCGGCGACAGCAAAGAUUCGAUUUCGCUGCUUACUACCCUCAGGAUUGUCGAGCAACGAGCAGCGGGGCUCAACACGCUUUACGAGCUCGUAGCCUCGGAACAAGAAGCUGCUGGAUUCGACGCCAUAUCACUGGUCAACAAGGUGCACGCGCUGAUCCUCUCUCAUCAGACGACUCGGAGCCCAGUCAAUGUCGGCGUUGAAAAAGCUCUCUCACGGUGCUUCAGCGCCCUUGCCAAACCAUUGAUUGGCGGCGUGUCUCGAUGGCUGAUGCUAGGCGCACCGUUCGACAAUGACCUCGCCGACGGAGAACGCGCGUGGAGUUGCACGUCGGAGCUGUUCAAGCGCGAUCCAAGCGUUUCGUGCUUCGACGACAAAUUUUGGACUGCAGGAUAUACGUAUGCGACAGACCAAGGCGGACAGCCGCAUGUGCCGGCUUUCAUGGCGCCUCAUGCAAAGACCCUGCUGCAAGCGGGUAUGAGCAUCGGCUUGCUUCGCGCAUUUCGCGACGAAGCAGAUGUGCCGCCUUUCGAUCGCCCAACAUCCUUUUCGCUUCAAUACGACAGUAGCAAGAAAGAAGGCAUGGAGAUCGAGUCCGCGAUACCCAUGGCGCAAGCGGCUAUCCAAGCGAUGCUGCCUCAGAUCCGACUCUCGCAAAAGCGCGCGCAUGACUAUUAUGUCCUCCCCACUGUCGAAGACGGUCGUGAUCUUUACGGCCAUCUCACUGCCAUUCAAGACCUCUUUUUGAUGCGUAGAGGCGCAGAAAUGCACGCUUGGUGCGAAGAAAUAUUCUUGAAGAUCGCCUCGAACGAGGCGAUCGACGCUCAAACACUGACCACCGCGCUGCGAGACUCGGCGCAAGCAGAGCAGUGGCUUGACACUAGUCUGGUUAGCUUCAAGUUUCAAAGCGCGAUCGUCAAAGACCCUUUCUCGCUCGAAUGGGUCCGCGCCUUGCAGAUCGGCUACGCAGUCCCGUGGCCUCUGACAUUCGUCAUUUCCGGCGAUGCCCUGUCGCUCUACCGUUCGACUUUCUCGCUACUGCUCAGCCUCAAGCGGGUCAAGCAUCUCGUCGACCGAAUAGGCAGGACAAAACCUGGCACCGCGGCAGAGCGUAGUUUUGCGAUCGGAUUACCAGACCCGAAACAACUUUAUCCUCUCCGCCGACGUCUGAUUUGGCUCGUCAACACUUUCACCAGCUAUUGCAAUACAGAUGUGAUUGGGAAGUUCAAUGCAAAGCUCGGUGCAGGCCUGUCCCGCGCGUCGUCCGUCAACGGAUUGAUUGAAGCACACGAUGCCGCUCUGCGCGAUUUGCGAAAGCAUCUCUUCCUGGACAAAGCCCACGCCAAGCUGCAUACGCUCAUGCUUGAAUUGCUGCGCUACUGCAUGCAGGUCGCCCAUUGCCACUUUACCUACCAGUCAGGUGGAAUGGCCAAGUUAGUCGUUGCGCCGCCGCAGCUGCGAUCCAGGCACCGCCGCAGAAGGCGCCGACAGAAGAGCUUGGACAGUGACAGCGAUGAAAACAUGGCGCAGGUUAUGGGUGCCUUCGCAGAGGCGGCUGCGUUGCGCCAGCGCUCUUCGAGACGGGAAGAAGGACGAACUGAGGGCACAGCUGCUGCAGAUGCUUCGUUGUCCGUAUCGACGCUGCACGUCUCGACUCUCUCCAUCUCGGCGGUGGCAUCCGCUUCGCUUGCCGAAUUGCAGGAGGCCGACUUUGAGCAGCAGCUCGCCACGCUCGACCGGCACUUCACGGGAAAGGUGGCCGAGUUCAAGGCUACUCUACAGAGGGCCAUCGAACAGACGGGCGGCGAGAAGUUCAAGGAGUCGAGGGAGACGCUGCAGAAUCUUGCGUAUGUCUGCUUGAAUUGGGCGUGAUUCAUCUUCGAAGGGCAAGUCACUGUAUGUGAGCAUGUCGCUCGGCGCUGGUCACUUGAGCUGCACCAGUCAGCAAAUUUGCCACCUCUAUGACUGCCGCUUGACCUCCUGCAAUGCAUCAUCAUGAA